AUGAGGGUCGUAUCCAGCGGAGACCGCCAAAGCGGCGUGAAGGCUGUUCUCGAACACAUCGCCAUGCCACUUCUCUGCCUAACGGCGACAGCACUGUUCACGGGAUUGUUUUUCACAGCAUAUACCGGACCUUCGAGGUAUUAUGAUUACAGUACAACUUCCGGCUACCUUUCCACGACCGCAGGCAGCGGAACACCAGCGACCGGGCAGUUCUUCUGUGAUGCCGGCGGCGAUGUUAUAUAUCCGUGGGAGAGUUCUCGCAAUCAAUACUGGAAUCCAGAUCUCUGGCUCACCAUCACGCUCGCGAGCGGCGAACUGACUUUCACGCAAGCCAAGGCUAUCGAUAUCAUCUGGGAUCUCGUGGUCGGACGCGGUGGCCAGAUGUUGUUAUGUGUCCUUGCAUACCCUCCUAUGCGGAAGUCUCUUCUUACAGCACUGGAGAGACACUCGAUGCAUAUGCCAGUUGUGGCGAGCCUUGCAUUUGAACACUUUUCCGUCGUCUCGUGGUGGGCAACUACACGAGAGCUUUUCAGAGGCUGGAGCUGGAGGCUGUUUGGCUAUCUAUGGAUGAUCAUCUAUCUCUUGAUCUUCGGAACUAUCGUCUCCGCCAUGACUGGUUAUCAGGCGAACAUGCGGCCGUACUACAGCGAGCAGAACUCCGGAAACCUGAUGGCUUACUCAAAUGUCCAAGGGAUGCAAGGUGUCAAGGUCAAGGAUGGUCAGAGGGUUGGACUGCAACCAGACGUGCUGGCUCUUAGUAUAGAGUCAGAUCCAACCUGGCCGUUGUAUCAAUAUUACCUUGUAGCAUCCCGCUAUUGCAUUGACUAUGGCAGCGGAUCUGUUAUACGAUCCAACAAGACUAGCGGAGUCCUCACUGCUGCAAACACCACCUACUCGAGCGUUCGAUAUAACAGCGACGGCUCUCCUAUUGAUAGGCCUCAAGACAAGUCUUCGUUUUCCAUUGAUUGGACGAAGAACAAAAAUGCAUCCAACCAGUACGCGAGCUCGUACUCGAGCCAGUACGUCGGUUACGCCGGGUCCUCCUCGUCUUCAGACUACUACAGUCUGCCUGCCAUUGUCAUCAACUGCACUUCGAGCAACAUCACCCUUUCGAAUCACACCUAUGAGCUCAAGGAGCCCGUGCUGAGUUUCGAAAGUAGCUCCUUGCAGGCUUACUAUCGAGAUGACGGCGGCAAGCUCCUGAACAGGACCUGGCUGGAGCAGAACAGUCAAUGCCAGGUUCUGCAGACCUAUCAAUGGGGCUUCUCGUCACUGCUGCUCUUCACUUUCUGCAUCUUGACGAUGCUCUUCUUCAUCGCGCUCCUGGCACUGCAAAUCGACGUCUGGCGAAACAGCCAGACGAACCGCAUGAAGCAGAAGUUCUCGCUCUAUCGAGAUAUCCUGGACUUCGCCCACCAGCUAAGAACCGAGAUUGGCUCGAAAGUGGAAGAUAUGCCGCCGAAAGACCUCGACCAAAGCGUUUCCGCUCAGGCUGAUUUCGUCUCUGUCGCGGCUUACGAGUAUCCGCAAUCGAGAGCUCAGGAAAGACGCAGUCGAAAGAAACCGAAGCAGCCUUUCAACUUUCGGACCGACAGUAUGCCACGGCUACGGAAGAUGGGGUCGGAGCUGAAGGCUGGGCACACUUAUAGUAUGGGCGAGAUGAAGCGGUCGUUGGGGAUGACUUAUGGACCUGUGCGAAAGCAGACCGCGGACUCCUUGGACUUUGUGUGA